CGCUCCUUUGGUCCCCGCGAAGCUUUCGAUUCCCGUCCUAAGGACCCUGAGGGCCUCACCAUAUUACCAUCCUCGCAAUACUCCAGACCACAGUCGCGACUGUAGUGACAUUCGACGCCUUGUAUUGUCGCGUUCUGUGCCUUGCUCGAGCUCCAGACCGAGGGAUCCUAGUUCAGCUGCAUUCGUCCGCCUCCAGCCCACAACGCGCUUGCUGCCGCAGCUUGUCUCCCGUCGACGCAGCAAACGCGGCUGCACGAAAACGUCACUGGACCGCCCGUCCGCCAACAAUUUCCCACGCAACAGCGGCGCUGCCAUCGACCUCGAGUGGUGAAGAGGUCUGGGGGAGCGACGGAUGUGUGCGCGGUGGACGUAGGGCUCCAGUAAAAAAAAGCAAGGUGCAGGCUGCAUCCGCGCAUCCCAGCACCUCUCCAUAGCUGCGAGAGCCAUCUGCAGGCGUCUACUGGACGAGCCAAACAAGAUGUCGGGCAACACGCUCCCGCGCCCGUCCAGGCCAUCCAUCGCGCCCCCGUCUGGGCCGCUGCCUUCGCUGCCGGUAGCAAAAACGCGAAAUUCUACCGCUGGCCCUGCAUCACGCGUCCCUUCCAGUUCCUUCCUUCCUAGUGCCGCAGCCUCCAACCGCGCCGUCUCCUCCUCGCCAGCUUACCGGCCGAGCCCCAAACACAACACUUCGCCCUCUGUCCCUACGCUAGCCAACGUCUCCCCUGCCGGCUCGCUCCCUGUUGGGAAGUCGCUACGGAAGACCGUCAGCAUCGGGGCAUUCCCGCAGCCGCCCAGACAUAUGGCGAGAUCAAACCCUGCCAGCCCGCUCUCGACGAGCUCGACACCCAGCGGCGAGACAGUCAACCAGCGCAUGUCGAGCGCGCCCAAGGUGUCGCUACACUCCCGGGACAGCAGCCUCAAGAAACCGAGAACGUCCAACAUCGGUGGAGCGCGGGGUUUGCUCCCAAAAUCACCAUUGGCGCCUACCAGUUUCCUCAAUGGCAGCGUGGAUUCUGUGGCUGUCGACACCAGCCACCUGAGCUUACCUUCACCUCCACAGAGCCGGAACUCUUCGCCGCAAGGAUCAUACGCAACGAGCGCGACGACCUUCGAGGACAUAGAUGACGAGUCGAGGGGGCGGUCAGAGACCAAGAACUCGAGCUCGAAAGAUGGCAAAGGCAACGUCAUCGUCAGCGUGCGAGUACGGCCAGAUGUUGGGGCCAAGGACAGCAAGCAAGAGAUGGAGUGGGGAGUUGACAACAAACGCGCACUUGUCUCAUAUAGAGGCCGAGAAGGCGGAGACUACGUCUAUGACAACGUAUUUGACACACAAGACAACAACGCCCGCGUAUACGAUGCUGCCGCCAAGCGACUGGUUCGACGGGUCAUGGAGGGCUAUCACGGCACCGUGUUUGCCUACGGGAUGACAGGAACCGGCAAGACAUUUUCCAUGCAAGGAACAGCGACGAACCCAGGUGUCAUUCCAUUGGCCAUUACCGACAUUUUUUCCUACAUCCGCGAGACACCUUACCGAGAAUUCCUGCUGAGAGUCAGCUACCUCGAAAUCUACAACGAAAAGAUAAACGACCUGUUGGCGGGGCCUGUGAUGAGUGCCAAUGGCCAGCCCGGACAGCAGGAAGAGAUCAAGCUACGUGAGGAUAGCAAACGCGGGGUUUAUGCGACGCCACUGAAAGAAGAAAUCGUGCAAAGUCCCACCCAGCUCCUCAGAGUCAUCGCUAGGGGUGACAAUGCUAGACGAGUUGCUGGAACCCAGUUCAAUGCGCACAGCUCGCGCAGUCAUGCGGUUGUGCAGAUUGUCGUCGAGAGCAGAGAACGCGCCCCUGGACCUGUUGGCGAUACCAACCACAACAAGCGGUCCGCCGUCGUUCCUGGAGGCGUUCGAGUGUCCACGCUCAGUUUGAUUGACUUGGCAGGCUCCGAAAAAGCAGCCGACGAGAAAGUGCGACGGACUGAAGGUGCCCAUAUCAACAAGAGCUUGCUCACGCUGGGCACUGUAAUUGGUCGAUUGGCUAGUGACAAGGAGAAAGCAGAGAAGAACAAGGGCAAGGGCGACACACACUUGCCGUACAGAGAUAGUAAGCUCACUCGACUUCUGCAGCCCGCUCUCUCCGGAAAUUCUCUGGUCAGUAUUCUUUGCACAAUCCAAAUCGGGGCCAGCGGUAGCACUGCUGCAGCAUCCAACCAUACAGGCGAGACACUCAACACCUUGAAAUUUGCGUCUCGAGCCAAGAACAACAUUGUUAGCCAUGCCAAGAAAGCAGACGAGUCCAUGGGCACUGGCGGAGAUGCAGGGAGCCGGGCGCUACUGGACCGCUAUCGAUUGGAAAUUCAAGAGCUGAAGAAACAACUCGAAGGAGGCAAGGCCAAGGAAACGAAAGAAGAAUAUGGAGAUGAGCUGCAACGAGACAGAGAGGAAGAAAGAGCGCGUGAACUUGAAGACAGGCAACGGCAUCACGAGCAGAUACUCGAGAUGCAGUUGGCUCGCACGGCAUUGAAAGAGCGCAUCGAGCAUCUCAAUAGGCUGAUUUUAAGCUCGAAGUCUCUCGGUGUCAACAACAGCCCGUCAUUUUCUUCGUUGAGCUUCCACCGCGGCUCUGUCUUCAGCAACACGGGCGACAUGCGACCGAGUUCCAUACGUUCAUGCGCAAGCCAUGCCACACUUGAAGUACCACGGACGAGUCAUUCGCAUCACUCCUCCGCUCCUCAUGGCCUUGACGGAUCCGAAGAAGACGAUUCAGUAGGAGAGAACGGCGACGGCAGUGCGAGUCAGGGUGCACAGAUACAUGCACUACAAGCAGAUCUUGCCGACAGGAAUCGGUACAUCACCACAUUAGAGAAACGUCUGUUACAAGCACGGAGAUCGAGCCACUCCCGCGUCUCAAUGUCGAUCAGAGAUAAGCUUGGGAGUAGCGAGGAUGGUGGCUUGCUUGCAACCAUUGCAGAAAGAGAUGCAGAGAUCAGCAGUCUGCGAGCACAACUCGAAGAUAAAGAGCGAAUGAUCGCAGCGCUUACGUCAGCCCGGAAGAAGAACGAGAACGCACACGAUGUCGGGAGCGAUGGAUCGCCGGGCAGCAGGCGAACUUCGAUGUACCGGCGCAGCAAUAGCGAGGGGAGCAGCAUAAGAGCCAGUGGCGUGAGUCUUGUCGCCAAAGGUCCAACAUCACCUACCAGUCCGAAACCGUUCUUACCACCGCCUUCCAACAACACUGGGAAGAACAUCGAGGAGAUGACUAGAAUGCUUGACGAGAUGAUUACAGGAAGAGUUGACAGGGCUCGACGGAGCAGUCUCAUGCCCGUCUCGGAGGGUCGAUAGUAUCGAAAAGGAGAUAUGGUGUAGCGCGAAGCAUCUCGCUUCCAUGAAUACGACCCGGAACGGCAACGGACACUACGUAAUGAGGAUGAGAUGUCGGCCGUACUUUCUUGUUAUCUUAAUUUCUCAUAUUUUCGCGCGGUUGGGAGCGCAGGCGUUUUCCACAAUAUUGUGGGUUAGGGAACCGGGCACGGGACACUUUCGUGUUGUUGCUUUCGUGUUGCCCUUGGUUCUUACUAUUUUUGCCGCUCUCUUUUAUCGCUACGCAUUGGGAGGCUUCUUCCUGCCGAGGGAUUUUCGAUUUGAUACCCCGUUUCUUUUUUGCUGCUUUGCUGGAUGCAAUGCGAGAUGCAAGGUUUCGUGGUCAGUGUUAGGCCAUUGCGCCGUAAUGGCUGGUAUUUAGUAUGCCUCAUGCUCAUGGUACUCGAUUGACGUCAUUACCUGGAACGCUGUGGGAGAAUGAAAUAUGUUCUCU